UUUGAUUACAGUAUCCAAUUGAGAUUUACACAACACUGGACGCGUGCAUUUAGUGCAUUAUUUAAAAAAGAAUAUUAGGCUAUUGAGUUACGUACUUACAUUCCGCGAUACUUCUUUUUAGUUAUUAAAAUGGAUUUAAGUCUAAUCAAAUUAGAACUUUUAUUUCGUUGUUAAUAAAAAAACAAAAUUGAAUUACCUACUUUUGCUUUCAGCGAGUGAUAAAAUCUAACAUUAUUGUUUUUUUUUUAUUCUACAAGUAAAAAUGAUUUUAAAUCAUAUUAAAUUCGUCGUUUAUAAUUUGUUAACUUUUACAGUUUUGGUGUAUUGUCAGUAAGUAUAAGAAAAAUGCCGUAUGUCUAAUUAUUUAAUAAUUUAUAAUCAAGCCUUUCCACCUUUCUCUGUUGAAUGCUAAAUCAACUGAGGUAUUCACAUCCACCAAAUGAAUGUCUUCCACAGCAUCCUUCACCUCGUUUGCGGUCUAUCCAGUGGUCGUUUUUUCUGUAUUAUAGCAGUUGUAUCCUUUAUUAAUAUAUCCUCUUCAGCUCUCCAAGUGUGUUUAUACCACUCCAUUUUCUUUGUUCUUAUAUAGGUUAGUAUAGUUGGCUUUCUUUAUAAUUGGUACAAAUUUUUGUUUUUCCGUGAUUCAAAUGGUCCUAGAUCGAGAUUGUAUACUGGGCCAACAAUUUUUCUCAGAACCUUUCUUUCAAAUAUCGCCAGUUUUUUGUUGUCACCUUUCGUCAUAGACCAGGUCUCACACGCGUAAGUGACUAUUAGUCUCGGUUAGCUGAUGUAAAGCAGUAUUUUCUUCCUUCUCAACAAUAAUUUAGGUUUUUAUAAUUUUUGGUUGCUAUAAUAACAUCGGUUUCCACUUGUUUAUCGUUCAACUAUUUCCUGAUGUAUAUUAUUUUUACUGUUUAUGUUGACACCUACAUAUUUAAAACUUAAUUCUUUUUCAAAUGUGAGAUUAUCUACUUGUAGAUAAAACUGAUCUUUUCUUCUCCUGGAAAGCACCAUACAUUUUGUUUUUAUUUCUUUAACAUAUAGUCUCAUCAUUUUACUGACUGUUAAAAGAUUAGACAUUGUCUGGGUAACAUCUUGUCUGAAAUUUCCUAAAAUAACAAUAUCUUUUGUAUAUGCCAAUAUUAUAUUUUAUUAAUAAUACUUUAUUUGCUACCUCUACUAACGACUAUGAUUUAGCUCUCUUAACACCUUUUUAAGCCCUAAAUUAAAUAGGGUUGGAGAUAAGGCAUCAUCCUGCUAUAAACCAGAGUUUAAUUCAAAGGCUCCCAGAAUCUCACUUUACAUUCUGUUUUGUCAUUGCAGUUUUACUAUGUUAACAUAUUUUUUCGGUAUCCCGAAGUAGCUCAUGGAAUUCCAUAACUCUUCUCUAUUUAUAUUACUAUACGCCUGUUUAUAGUCAAUGAAUACCAUGUAUACAUUUUUGUCGAAUUUGUAAUAUUUCUCCAUCUGUUUCAGAAUAAAUAUCUGAUCCGUAGUUGACCUUCCUUUUCUAAAGCUACAUUAGUACUGUCCUAUUUAUAAUAAUAAUAAAGAAUAUGCUAUGGUACCUACUAUCUAGUUAUAAUAAUAUUUGAUUAUUGAUUAUCGUUAUUAUAGUUGUUAUGUAUGUAUAGUGUAUACCACAAUUAAAGAUGAGUGUAUGAUUCGUGAUCUUGUAAUUACAGUUAUAGACAAACUAUAAUUAUCGUUUUUAAGAUAAUAGAUUGCUUAGAUCUCUAUAGAAUAAUAUUUAUUCGAUGAAUGGUAUGAAUAAAUGAAUAACUUUGUGUGUUUGUUUUACGAUCCAGAUCAAUUUGCUCACUAGUGUGAAUCAUUCAAUAAAACUCGUUCGUUUGUGAAAAAACACAUCUCUAGUUUGUAGUAAUUAUCCAGUUUUCAAUGUUAGGUACUUUAUGUCCUCUUAAUAUCUUCUUACGAAUUAUAACCUUGGUCUAUCACUAUUUGUUGAACAUUUGUUAGACAUUUUUUCCUAUCUAUGGAAAAGUGGUUCGUAGAGUUACAAAAUAAUUUAAACUGGUAGAAAUUUAAAUAGUAAAUAAAAUAUUAUUCUAGAUUCAAAAGUAAUUAAACAUAUAGUUUAACUUAUGCAGUGCAAUUUUUAAGUGUAAGACAUGUUACAAAAAUGUGUUACAGAUUCCAAUUCAUUUCAGUUUGUGUAAAAGUAUAGGUUACAACCAAAUACAUGGUUCUCCAUAUUAAAAACCUCUUGAAAAUCAUUAUCGAUGGAAUGAAUGUUAUUAAAUAAGUUUAUGAAAAUAAAAUUAACAGUUAAAUGUUUUAUGAGUUAAACUUAAAUAUACCACAGUACUAAUAUAAAUUAAGUAGUAUAAUUUUCAAUCUUUAUUAGUGUAAUAGUGGAGAAGAAAAAAUCUAUAUAUUUAAUAUACCUAAUAAUAAUAUUUACUAUAAUUUAAAGUAUAUGAAAUAUGUUAUCUAUUUGACUAUCUCAAAAAUUUCAAUUAGGUUUAGCAAAAUCUUAGUCAAUUCUUACCUACAAAAAAUAAAUCAACUUUGUAGGUAAUUAAUUAUAAUUUAACUUUAAUGUAACUGGUUUUUGUUAAAAUAUUUUAUUUUCAUAAACUUCUCUAUAAUAACCUAAAUUUUACAUUCAUUCCAUUUAUAAUGAUUUCCAAGAGGCUUUUAAUAUGGUAAAUUAUGUAUAUGGUUGUAACCUAUAACUUCUUCACUAACUGAAAUAAAUUGGAAUCUGUAGCAUAUUUUUGUAACAAUUUGUGUCUUAUUCUUAAAAAUUACACUGGAUAAGUUUAAUAAUAUGUUAUAAUUAUAAUUGUAAUAAUUACUCCACGAGCUACUUUACUGUAGAAAAAAAAAUUAAUUGCAUCUUUGGAUUCAUUUUUUUUUUCUACUUUAUGUAUUAAUUCCACCAAUUAUGUGUUUGAUAAAAUGUUACAUGAUUUUAAGAUGAUGAUAUUCAUAUGUUAUUCAUAAUGAGCUUAAUUAAACUUAAAAAUAAAAACAAAACAAAUCACACACAUAGUAAAAUUAAUUUUUCUUUAUCUUAUAAUUACAGCUCAAGAGACUACUAUGAUAUAUUGAAUAUCCCUCGUACAGCUAAACAUAAUCAUAUCAAAUCCGCAUUUCGUAAAAUGGCUAAACAACUUCAUCCAGACAAAAAUCGUGAUGAUCCACAAGCUACCGAAAAAUUUUCACAAUUACGAAAUGCAUACGAAGUACUAUCUGAUGAUAGGUUGCGAAAAGAUUAUGACAGAUGUGGAGAAAAAUGUGUUAAGAAAGAUUCUAUGGCCAAUGGUCAUGACCCAUUUGCCAGUUUCUUUGGAGACUUCGGUUUUCAAUUUGAUGAUUCACCUGCACAAAAAGAAACACCUAAAGGUGGUACUAUUGUUUUAGAACUAGGUGUUUCUUUAGAAGAAUUAUACAAUGGUAACUUUGUACAGGUAUAAAUUAACAAUUUAUUUAUUAUUUCUAAAGUAUUAUGAAACUUUUAUAAGUAUAUAUGUGCCAACUGAAAAUGGUUGUUUAGAUAACACGGAAUAAGCCUGUCAUAAAACCGGCUAGUGGUACAAGGCAAUGCAAUUGUAGACAAGAAAUGAUUACCAAACAAUUAGGUCCUGGGCGAUUUCAAAUGAUGCAACAGAAUGUUUGUGAUGAAUGUCCUAAUAUUGUGUAAGUAUCAUAUUGUACAUCUUCUUAAAAAUUAACUAUUUAAAUUAAUAACAUCAGAUUAGGUCACAAUUUAACAAAAUUUGAAAUAACCAUAUUGUUGACAACCUAUGUUUGUUAAGGGGUUUUGAUUUCCAGUUAUGAAAUUUGUUUAGUGUAUUGGUCUUGCUUUUGAAAUCAGUUUACCUAUGUAGCAUAAACAUAUAAAAAUGCACUACUAUAAACAGUGUAUUGAUUUAAACAUUUUCAAUAUUUAUAGACAUCUAUUACCUUUCUAUAGGUCAAGUAAAUUAGGUGUGCAUUAUAUUUCAAAGAAAAUCAUAUUUCCUAUAAUGUUUUUUUGACAAAUUUGUUAAUACAUCAUUGCAUAAUCUAUUAAAAAUAUGCUAUUAAAUUUGGUAAAAACAUUAAUUAAAUAAAUUAAAUAAUUUUUUUUUUAACUCAGCACAAUAUAAAUAUUUUUUUGCCUAUUGAUAAAAGAUAUAAUUUAUUCAUAUCAUUGUAAAAAUAUAUUUGAUCCUUUAAGUUUUUUAUUUUGGUUAAUGUAUGUUUUAGAAUGAUCACUGAAGAAUCUAUGCUGGAAAUUGAAAUAGAACCUGGUAUGAGAAAUGGUCAAGAAACCAAAUUUAUAGCAGAAGGUGAACCUCAUAUUGAUGGAGAUCCUGGCGACUUAGUAUUUAAAAUAAAAACAUUCCCUCAUAAAAUUUUUGAAAGACGGGGUGAUGAUUUAUAUACAAAUUUAACCAUAUCAUUACAGGUAAUAAAAUUAUGUUCAUUUUAAAUGUCAAAUCAGCAUUUGUCAUCUUUGUCUACUUAAUGGGCAAUAAAGCAACAUUUUGUUUUUGUACUUAUAGUACUUAGCUAUUUGAUUUUAGUGCCAAAAGAAACAUAAAAAGUUGUCAUGUCUAAAUGACAUGUCAAUAAUCUGUCUUUAACAGAUUUUUGUAAAUUGUUUGAUUUUUUUUGCAUUUCAAAAUUUGUCUUUUAUAAAAUAUAAAAUUGACUAAUUAAGAAUUUUGAAAAUUGCAAUUUAUAGUUUAUGAGACUAUCAUUACUUCAGUACUAUCAAAACGUACAAAAAUAUUUUUACUAUAUUGUCCAUUGUAUUUUCACAUAGAGAGUAAAUGUAGAUUUGGUUGUCUAAUAAUCUAACAUUUUUUUGUAUUUAUAGUUUUUUUUUCUGUUCAAAAAUAUGUAUUUAUUAAUUUUUAGGCAGGUUUACACACAUAGUACGAAUUAAUAUAUUCUUUAUUAAAUAUAACAAAUUGUAUUAUGUAAAACAGUGCAUGUGUGUAGUAAAAUAUUAAGAUAAGAUUGGAUUGAUAUUUUGUGGGAAUAUUUAAACAAUGUAAGCAUAAUUUUGAUACAUUGUACAAAUUCUUGUUAGUUCUUAACCCAGCCUUACAUAAUUUAAAUUAAUCAAUUUCAUUUUUUAUGUGACAGUCUUCAUAUUUACAAUACAAUUUUUUUUUUUCAGUACAUUUCUGUAGAAGUUGAUUUCUUUUAAAAGUCAUAUCCUUAACCAUUUCCUCCUAAUCAUCAAUCUUUUUCAAAUCUAAUGAUCUUAUACUAAAGAGACUAUGGUAACAAACUACAACAGCCCUUAUUUUUCUCAUGAAACAUCACUUAAUUAUAAUAAUAAAAAAGAAACCUGUUGAAAAUAUGUAAAAUUAAAAUUAAAAAAUAUAUCCUAGGAUAAUGGAGAUGGGUGCAGCCUUUUUUAUAGGUAAUUUAAUGUAUACUUGUAAGCAACAAUAUACCAUUGUUAACGAAAAAAUGAUUCUAAGUGGAAUUCAGAUAAUAGUGUUGCUUUGUCAACAAUAUAUACCUAUGUCAUAUUAUGGUAAAAUAAUUACUUAUACAAUAUUUAUUUUCUUUAAUAAUAUUUGUUUAAUGUUUCACCAAUUUUCUUUCGGUUUUCCUAGUUUCCCCAUGUUUAGAUAAAAAGGAUCCAUUCAAAAUAUAAAUUAGUAAAAAAUGGGACAUGAGACUUAUAGACAUUCAUCAAAAAAGAAUAAGUUGAAACUUUGUAAGAUGAAAUGUAGUGAUAGGCUGUUUAAUUGUCUUAUGCAAUACAUUUAUACUAUUAGCAUAAUACAUUUUGUUUUUGGAUUAUUUAUAAUAAAUAAUUAUAUUCUAAUAAAUAUUUUAUUUUAAGGAUGCAUUGGUUGGUUUUAAAACGGAGAUACCUCAUCUAGAUGGUCGAAAAAUUGUUAUAGAACGAGAUGUUAUUACAUGGCCUGGAGCAAAAAUUAGAAAAAAGGGUUUGGGAAUGCCAAAUUAUGAAAACAAUAAUAUGCACGGUUAUCUCAUUAUCACACUUGAUAUCCAGUUUCCUAAAAACAACCUCACUGAACAAGAUAAAGAAGGUAAUUCAAUUUUUUUUUUAUUAAUUUCAAUAUUAUUUGUUCAUUUAAAUAUUAUAUUACUAACUACCAUUAUAUUUGAUUGUUUUAAUUUUGUUUUUCUAGAUCUCAAGAAAAUAUUAAGUCAAAGCUCAGUCAAUAAAUUGUAUAACGGUUUAGAUGGAUACUGAGAAUAGAAUAAUCACUAGUGCCACAAAACAUUCUUUUCUUUCCAUUAUUGUGUGAUGUAAUUAUUGAUCAUUAAUUUUUAUUUAUAUUAUUUACUGAAAAAAGUGUGCUUCAAAAUUAUUAUAAACUCAUUUAAUUAAAAAAUUACUAUGCGUAUUAUUUUACAUACAUAAACACAUAUAUCUAAUUACUACUAGAUAAUCCAUACAAAUUAUUAAUUUAUUUUUGUACAUAAACAAUACUCUCUAAUUGUUUCUCAAGCAAUAUACACUUGUAUGUUACUAUAUUGUGUGAUUGUAAUUUUAAUUAUAGUAAAAUAUAGCUAUGUUAACUAUUAAAUAGUGUUAUAUAUGUGUGUGUAUGUAUAACCAGACAAUAGAGUUUUAAAAAUGCUUAAUAAAAUCUAAAAUAUUCAAAUGAACUCUAUAAAGAAGAGAAAAAUUUGAUAAACUUUUAUUUGUUUAUUUGUGCCAAUGAUUGUGUUUCAUGUUUAAUGUUUGUAUAUUUGUUAUUUAUAAUUUACUUUGUAGUGAACUUUGAUAACAAACAUUAAUAAUUUAUUAUACAUAAAUGCACCCACACACUAUUACUAUUAUUUUUACAAUAACCAUGUUGCAAUGGUGAAAAUACAAUAAUUUAAUUAAUUUGUAUUAUUACGAAAUGUAUAGGGGUUUAAUAAUGAUUUCAAAAUUGAAAACUGAAUUAUGUGUUAAAUUUUUAUAUAUUUCAAUAAAUGUAUGUAGUCAUAUAAUUAUUAAUACAAUUUUAUCUUAUUUAAAAAUGUACUGUUUGUAUACAUAAUAUUAUUAUGUAAUUCAGUUAAAAUAAAUAUAAGUAAAGUAUGAUUAUUUUAAAAGUAUUUAAGUAAAUUUUAAAAUGUACUCUUAUAACUAAUGUAUUUAUGUCAUUUAAACUAUGAUUGAGG